AUGAGUAAACUUGGAGUUGUCGAAGAGUCAUGGAAGUUUAUAGACAUUUUUAGUUUGGAUGAUGAUAUGCUUGCAUUUGUACCAGAACCCGUGAUAAGCCUAUUAUUUUUAUAUCCUCUUGAAACUUCGAUUGAAAAUGCUUCAUUAGGUGUUGAGGAUAACUCAUCCAAUGUUGUUUUGAUCAAACAAACGGUCGGUAAUGCUUGUGGAACUAUAGCUAUAUUACAUGCCAUAGUAAAUAAUAAACAACAUUUAAGCAUCAAAGAUGGUUCCUUUUUGAGCAACAUUUUAAAGGAAUUCGAAAAUAAGACACCUGCUGAACGUGGAGUUAUCGUGGAGAGUAAAAAAGAAAUCUCCGCGUUGCAUGAGAAGUCAGCACUAAAAGGUCAAACAGAAGCACCAAACGCUGAAUCAAAAACUAAUUUGCACUUUGUAUGUUUUGUUGAGCAUGACGGAUCUCUAUAUGAACUCGAUGGUCGAAAAAAUGCACCCGUUCUCCAUGGAUCGAUAACAUCAGCUGGUUUUCUGAAAGAUGCAUGCAAUGUAGUCAAAAAGUUCAUCACUUGUUUACCUGGAAGUGUAGAAUUCAGUUUGAUGGGAUUAUGUUCCGAUAAUAACUGA